AUGGCACAGCACAAACAUUGGGCUCAUCUAAUUCGAGAUUGGGCAGAGAGAAGAGGAAUAUGGAACCAGGAACAGUUGAAUACGAAGUUAUGGGAUGACAUUAUAACCGUACUUGAGGCAUUUGUAAAGUUCUUGGAAAGAUUUGAGCAGGAUGGUCUUAUGGACACUUGGGCUACAUCGUGUAAUGAUGCUGCCUACAGCGACCGCUAUAUAAUGCGCGCGCACGACAAAGAGAGAACUAUGUGCAGAUUAAUGAUGGCGGCACUAUAUUUCAAGAAUGGGUGGACGGGUAGCACCAUGCAUGCGGACAAUGACUGGGGGCCGGACAAUCCACUGCGGCAAUUUGUCAAGUGUGCCAUAGUAAGUAUAUAUAUGUAUUACUUGCUAGAAAUAAACUGUGGGGAUACGACAGGUGUGGAGUAUGCACUUCACAUAAUGAACGAACAGGAGCCGACUUUUGCGGCCACAGAUAUGGUUGCCAACGUAUGCUAUUGGCAGGAGUAUGAUCGUACGCAGAUUGGGCAAAAGAAUGUAGGCGGGGAAAUUAGAGAAUGGCUCAAGGGCAAUGAAUAUAUAGCACAGCAAAUACAACAAAUAGAACAAAAAGCGCCGUGCAAACGUAGGAAACAACCGGGAGCCACAGCAAAGAAUAGCAUUAGCGGGGACAACAUAAAGGAAGAAGUUUUGCAGCAGAUGACCAGCUUGAAACAACAAGUUCAAGACAUUAAGGAGGGGCGCAAAACUCUGCAGGCACAACCGCCAGUGGCGGCAGAAUCAUCAUCAACAACAUCAACAUCUUCAUCGUCAUCACCAUCCGGGACGUCGGAGUCCGCGCCCACUAAACCCUCCACGGCGGCUACUGUGCCGGCAACACCACCAGGGGAACCGACAGGUAAGACCGAUGGGAAAAAGCACGAAUACGGCACGCACACGAACACGGCCGCAUACGAAUCAUACGGCCACUACUCAUACUGCCGAAUAUGGAUGCCGCCACAAGAACGCAACGGCUACAACACGCACACGCGGGGGAACAAAAACAACGCACGCGGCGGAACAGCACAGCAAACGACUUCGCUGACGUUGAGCGCUGGCGGAGCGAACGCAUAUGAGUGGCGAUCAGUGAGGAGCGUACCGUUCGCAGAAUGCAGUGUAGACGAGUGUGUAGCGGUGAUGAGUCUGCAGCGGUAG